CAAUCAAGAAAAUCGGAAAAUUCGAGUUUGUUUAAAUUAGUGCAGAUACUGAAUUAGUGCUUCGUAAAUAGUGUGGCUUAUUUAAAAAAUAAUGCUUAGGACUACUUAGCAGUAUUAAAAACAUUACAAAAAUGCAUAAUCUUGUAUUGUUUGGCUUAAUUAUAUGUGUUUCUUCCGGCUUAACCUAUAAGCAGGAUACAUUUACAGAAGAAUUGCUUAUAAAACCUUUAUACAGCGAACAGCUUUAUGCCCAUUUUCAAUUUUCUACCAAAUGGGACGUGGAUCUUGAUGUAGAACAAUUUCGACAUACACACAUUUUUCCUAGAGCUCUGGGGGAAAUUAUUGAAAGACAUAAUGUGCAAGAACUUCACGUAACGCUAACUGAGGGGUUAUGGAGGUAUGAGAGUUGGGGUUAUCCUAUAGAGGAUGCUGCACCAGGUGCCGAAGUUUGGGCUUGGUUUAAGCCUGAUACCAUAGAUGUAGAGAAAAAUUGGAAGUUGUUGGCAAAUUCCUUGUCAGGACUGUUGUGUGCUUCUUUAAACUUUGUUGAUCCUUCUAACAGUGUAAGCCCUGAGUUUACUUUUAAACCAAAGGGCGUGACCCUGACUCAAAAUGUUAACAACACAUUUUUAAGAUAUGCGACGUUGCCACGCGAAAUAGUCUGCACAGAGAACAUAACACCAUGGAAAAAAUUGCUACCAUGCGACUCCAAAUCAGGCUUGGCCUCCCUACUUAACUCCGGGUUUAUCCACAACACGCGUUACCACUCGAUUGGUCUGCAUCUGCGCCCCGUCUGUCGUGAAGACGCAUGUCAACAUAUGUCGCUCGAACUACAGCAAACAGUUUCAUUGGUGUAUGAUUAUGCAAUAAUGGGGACCAAAAAUUGGUCUUUAAAGAAGCUAUUCGGACAGGCUGUGAAUGGUCGGUGUGAUUUAGCUGAUAAAAGUGAGAUUUAUGUAGAUAUUACUAGUAAGGUUAGUAACGAUUUUAACUUGGAGCCGAAGCCGGACGAGGUGGUGACAUCUAUACGCGGGGGGCAAGUCAGUACAUUCGCUAAGUAUACCAUUAAGAACUAUUUCAUGAGUAUACAUUCCGUGUCAACCGGUGAUAAGAUAUCUGUCAAAGCUCCCCCCUUGUUGCACGCUAAUCAAUACGUUACCGGUUACGGACAGGAACGAGGAGGGAUUGUUACAAAAAUUUACAACAACCACUGGAGUUCUUUGGAUGUUGUAGUGUUACAAAACAUACCAUGGUAUGUCCCCAUUUAUCUACACACUCUAAAAGUUAUAAGUGACAAUAAAGAAGUACAACCUCUCGCUUUGCGCUACAUUCCCGGAAAACAACGCUUAAAACCUUACUACGUCGAAGUCCUAGUCAGCUUACCCCCUCGCUCCAUUACCUCAAUUUCCGUAGACUUCGACUACGUUUUCCUCAAGUGGCAAGAAUACCCCCCGGAUGCGAACCACGGUUUCUACAUAGGUUCCGCCGUCGUAUCUAGUUACCUGCCCCUAGCCCGUAACUUCACCGGUUUGCCCCAAGAUGGCAGCACAAUCGCCGACAGUUUCAACGCGUCGCGUAGCGGUUAUCUUGUUCAGGUCCGAACUGAGAAUAUGGUGAUCACAUUGCCCACCCCAGAUUUCAGCAUGCCCUACAAUGUUAUUUGUUUGGCGUGCACUGUGGUGGCCCUGGCGUUUGGGCCCUUGCAUAAUAUUACGACGAAAAGGUUGCGUUUGAAGGUUAAGAAUAACGAGACCAUUUUGGUUAAAUUGAAAACGAAGGUUAUUAAUAAGAUUAAGGGGGUGUUUAGUUGUACCAAAGAUAAUGAUGAUAAGCCCAAGAAGGAGUAGUUUUGUUUUGUGUGUGUUUUUAUAAAGC